AUGCUUCCUUCUCAGCUGAACAGCUCGCCGAAGCGGGCGAGUCCGUUUGCACGAUCCUCUCCGUCACCCGCACCACAGUCCCAAACUCGACCUAAAUCAGCCAUAAUUACACCAUCUCAUGGGCUAGAGUUAGGCAAAGGUCAUGUUCGAAACUCCUCAGUCUCACAACUAUCGCCGAUAUCUUUAGCCUCAGCGAACCGGGAACGGUCAAAUUCGCGGAAUAAUGUAGCGUCAGGUACAUUUGCUCCGAGUUUUAUCAAGUCCGAGGAGAUGCGACGGGGGGCAGAUCAAAUCCGAGGAUUGGAGGGAGACAAUGACUUUUCAGGCAACAAGUAUGUUUGGUUGCGCGACCCCCAGAAGGCAUUCGUCCGCGGAUUGGUCUUAGAAGAACUGGAUGGAAAUCGCCUGCUGGUGCAGAGUGACGAUGGCGAGCAGCGAGAAGUCGAUGCGGACCAUGUAGACAAGGUCAACCCGGCCAAGUUCGACAAAGCUGAUGACAUGGCGGAACUGACGCACCUGAACGAGGGAUCGGUGGUCCACAAUUUACACACGAGAUACCAGUCCGACUUGAUCUACACAUAUUCGGGACUUUUCUUGGUCACGAUCAAUCCUUAUUGCCCCUUGCCUAUCUACACCAACGAAUACGUGAAGAUGUACAAAGGCCGAGGAAGAGAAGAAACCCGCCCACAUAUUUUCGCAAUGGCGGAUGAAGCGUUCAGGAACCUGGUGGAAGAGGGUGAGAACCAAAGUAUUCUUGUAACCGGUGAAUCUGGAGCUGGUAAGACUGAGAACACAAAGAAGGUCAUUCAAUACCUUGCGGCAGUCGCCACUUCCGAUACCCCAUAUGCGCGGUCAGGCACCAAGCAAAUAUCCAACCUUUCACAACAAAUUCUUCGAGCCAAUCCUAUUCUCGAAGCCUUUGGUAACGGACAAACUGUUCGGAACAACAACUCCUCACGUUUCGGAAAAUUCAUUAGAAUCGAAUUUUCGAGAUCGGGUCAGAUUUGCGGCGCGUGGAUCGAUUGGUAUCUAUUGGAGAAGUCUCGGGUGGUCAAACCGAAUCCCAAUGAACGCAACUAUCACAUAUUUUACCAGUUGUUGCAAGGUGCAGACCGAGAUACUCGAGAAAAGCUUCUGUUAACGGGUCUUGGAAUCGAGGACUUUGCUUACACCCGGGAUGGCAACGAUUCCAUCGUCGGCGUUUCCGAUAAGGAUGAGUGGAACUCAUUGAUCGAGGCUUUCCAUGUCAUGAACUUUACGGAGGAUGACCAACUCUGUAUCUUGCGCACAAUCGCUGCUGUUUUGCACCUGGGUAAUGUGACCAUUGCCAAGGAGAGUAUCAGGGCUGAUCAAGCUGCCCUUGGGGCGAACGGAUACGCAAGUGUUGAAAAGGCUUGCCACCUGCUGGGCAUUCCCGCCGAACCAUUUGUGAAAGGCCUACUGCACCCAAGGGUUAAAGCUGGUCGCGAAUGGGUGGAGAAAGUGCAGACACCCGAGCAGGUUCGCCUGUCAUUAGACGCUCUAUCUAAGGGAAUUUACGAACGUGGAUUUGGGGACUUAGUGGCUCGAAUCAACAAGCAACUGGGACGCUCGAUGACCGAUGAUAACUACUUCAUUGGAGUGCUUGAUAUUGCUGGUUUCGAAAUCUUCGAGAACAACAGUUUUGAACAACUUUGCAUCAAUUAUACCAACGAGAAGCUGCAGCAGUUCUUCAACCACCACAUGUUCGUUCUUGAGCAGGAAGAAUACGCUCGAGAGCAGAUUGAGUGGCAGUUUAUCGAUUUUGGCAAAGACUUGCAGCCCACAAUUGACCUAAUCGAGCUCACAAACCCAAUCGGUAUUUUCUCCUGUCUUGAUGAGGAUUGCGUGAUGCCCAAGGCUACAGACAAAUCUUUCACUGAGAAGUUACAUUCCCUUUGGGAUCGCAAGACCCCCAAAUACCGGUCUUCCCGCCUCAGCCAAGGCUUUGUUCUCACCCAUUAUGCCGCCGAAGUGGAAUACAGCACACAAGAUUGGCUUGAAAAGAACAAGGAUCCGAUGAAUGACAACAUUACUCGCCUCCUUGCCAGUUCAGAUUACCCACAUGUUGCGGAUCUGUUUGCAGACUGUGCAGAACCCGAAGAAGGAAACGAGAAUCCACGAAGCCGGGUCAAGAAGGGGUUGUUCAGAACAGUGGCUCAAAGACACAAGGAGCAGCUGUCCAGCCUGAUGGCCCAACUUCACUCAACUCAUCCCCAUUUCGUGCGAUGCAUCUUGCCAAACCACAAGAAGCGACCGAAAAUGCUUCACGCUCCAUUGGUUUUGGAUCAGCUCCGUUGCAAUGGUGUCCUCGAGGGAAUCAGAAUUGCGCGAACUGGUUUCCCUAACCGCCUGCCUUUCGCCGAGUUCCGUCAAAGAUACGAAGUUCUUUGCCAGAACAUGCCAAAAGGAUAUCUGGAGGGCCAGGCUGCCGCUCAUAUCAUGCUAGAAAAGCUUGGCAUGGAUCGAGCCUGGUAUCGUGUGGGUCGGACCAAAGUUUUCUUCAGGGCUGGCGUUCUGGCCGACUUGGAAGAAAAGCGUGAUAAGCUUAUUCGAAGCAUUAUGUCACGCUUCCAAUCCAUGGCGCGGGGAUUUAUCCAAAGGCGCAUCUCAAACAAGCGCCUCUAUCGGGCCGAGGCAACUCGUAUAAUUCAACAAAAUUUCCAUUCAUACUUGGAGUUGAAAAGCAGCCCAUGGUGGCAGUUGUUCUCCACAAUGAAACCCCUUCUCGGCGAUACCCGAAACGCAAAGGAAGUUAAGAAACGUGACGACAAGAUCAAGGAACUCGAAGCGAAGAUGGCCCAGGAUAUCUCUGAACGCCAAAAGCUUGACGAAGAAAGACGACGCACUGAAAUGGAGAUUAACAAGAUCCAGCAGACGUUGGAGGGAGAACGUGCUCUCGCCCUUGACAAGGAGGAGAUUUUCAAGCGCUUACAAUUGCGGGAAGGAGAACUUGCCGAGAAGCUCGCCGGAGCUAUCGCGGACCAGGAGAGCCUCGAGGAGCAAUUAGAUGAGCUGGUCGACGCAAAGAAGAGGACCGACGAGGAACUCGAUCUUCGAAUCACACAGCUUGAACAAGCUGGUCAAAUUAUCCAACAGCUUGAAUCAGAAAAGAACCAGCUACAAGCUCGACUGGACGAGGUGCAUGUCAAACUUUCUGAAGCGGAGGCGCAAUUCUCUGCCAAAGAUGCCCAGAUCGAAGAGCUGGGCCAGGAAAUGAAAAUGCUCCAAAGUCAUCUGAGUCUGAAGGAUCGCAAGCUUCAGGAUCUUGAAGCUAAAUUACUAAAAACCGACCAAGAUCUUGAUAUCAAACUUGCCAACACCUCGAAAGAACUUGAAAAGUCCAAGAAGGAGGUUCGAGAGCUUGUUGAAGUCAAUCGGACCAUUCGCCAGCAAAUCACCGAGCUGUCUACGACUUCCACCGGCUACGAGGAUCUCCUCCGGCGCAAGGAGAGUGAGAUGACUAUUCUACGCAACGAUGCAAAGAAACAUGAUGAGGAUAGACGAGCCAUCGAUGCGGAGAAGAAAUCGCUCACAACUCGGCAUGACAACAUGCAAAACCGCCUUCGAGAAGUUCAGGCAGAAAGAGAUGCUAUGCGCUCGGAGAAGGCUCAACUAGAGCGAGAAGCGGCUAGUGUUAAGAAGUUGCUUGAAGAGAAGAGGUCUGAGGAUGCAGAGGCGAGCGAGAGCAGAAAACUCCUCGAACAACAGGUGCAAGAUUUGAAAGAUCAGCUAUUCAAAACUGAAGCGGACCUCAGCCGCGAGCGCCAGUCAAGGGACGAUGUUCAGAUGCUCGCUGAACACAAUCUGAAAGACCUGUCGGCUAAGUACGAUGAACUCAACGACUCGAAGAUCACCAUCGAGAAAGAGAUGUACAUUCAGCAAGAUAGUCUCCGUCGCGCCACCGAGGCACGUGUCGCUGCUGAGGCAUCACGAAAGGACCUACAAUCCGAAUUGAUCAAGCUUCGGGACCGAUUUACGGAAGCCGAGAGCGCACGCUUGAAUGCAGAUGCCGAAGCCGAACGCAAGAUUAAAAAGCAGGCCGAGGAGCACAUUAUGGGGCUGCGAAACGAUCUAGACGAGAAGGCCCGGCAGCUUGAAGAAGUCGACACAGAGCGCUCUCAGCUUGCUGCUCGCAUUCAACAGCUUAUGCAUACCAUUUCAGAGUCCGACAACUUCCGUAUUCGUCACGAUCAGCACAAAGAGCGUCUGGAACGGGAGCUUGUAACUCUUCGGGGUCGCCUCACGGCCUCCGAGAAUGAUAACCGGUCCCUUCUCACGAAGAUUCAGCAAAAAAACCUCGACAUCGCCCGGUCCACCUCCAAAGCCAGUGACAACAACCGAAUCCGACUGCAAACAUUGCAGAAGGAGAAGGCCAAGCUAGAGGAAGAGAAUAAGAAGAUUACCCGCCAGAUGGGAGAUCUGCAGAUGACAAUCACGUCUCUCGAGAAGCAGAAGGAGAAAUUGACCUUGAAUGUUGAAGAUCUCAACCACGAGGUGAAUCGCGAACACAAGACGAGUCGUAAUGCUGAAAAAGCGGCUUCCACAGCCAACCUUCAGUUGGCAGAGGUUAAUCGUAGUCUCGAGAAUGAACGGCAGAUGCGCAGCCAAGCACAAGCGAAUACUCGACAGACCCAGGGUGCUCUGGACAGAGCUAACAAGGAAAUCGAGGAUUUACAUCGCCAGCUAAUUCUUUUGCAUCGGGUUUUCGAGCCGGAAGCAUCUGAGCCAGCUCAGUCCUGGGAGGCUGUACAGCCGCACUUAUCGAAACAAGUUGAUAUUGCACAAGUUCUUGAUACCGUCCAACAUAGACUCCGAGUCACGGAGGAGAAAUAUGCCAGGGCGGAAUGUCAAUUGUCCGAGAUGCGUCGUCGCCACGGAGAUGAAAUGAAGGAUCUGGAUGCCAAAUAUUCAUCCUCAAAGCGCGCAUUGCUUGAAGAAAUCGACCAGAACGAGGUGGCCAACACUCGCUCCCCGGCACACUUCCGCAAAAACUCCGAAAAUGCUCUGAAGCGACCCUCUAAUCCCUCUACACCCAGCCGUCGCUACAAUGCACAUGAAGGAGUCAAUGACUCCGCCAGGUCUGAUAAGACAGUCGACACCCAGGGUUACCAGCGCCGGAUGGAUGUAGCUGCGGAAAUUGAAGAGCUUCAGAACAAGCUCCAGAUGACUGAGAUGCAGAACAAGCAUCUCCAGAGCCAGCUUGAGCGUUCUACUCCCUCUCGUGACAUCUGGCAGGAUGAAAGCCCUUCGAUCCGUCGGGUACAGCUCCUGGAGCGCGAAAAUGGACGUCUUCAUGAUCAGCUCGAUGACUCUGCCAAGAAGGUAUCGACACUGGAGCGUAGCAUCCGAUCUGGCGAAUUAUCUCUUCGUGACGUGCAGGCCAAGUCUCACGAAGAGCUUUACGACCUGAUUAACUCCCAGGAACAUUCCCGUCGCUCUUUGCUCAAGGCUCACAAUGAUACCCUCGCCGAGUUCGGAGAUGUCAAGGCUCACUUUGAGAAGUUGAAGCGCAGCAAAGCUACUUUGGAGGUGGAGCUGCGUGAUGCUCGAUCUGAAACUCAAGAGAUGCAGUACAUCCGGGACCAAGAUGUCCAAAGUCGCAAUCAACUUUUGCAAGAAUUCUCCGACUUGCAAAUCCGUCUCGACGCCGAGACAUCAAGAACCGCUGAUCUCGAAUCUAGCCUUACCCUGUACAAGAGUCGGGCAGAUGAGUAUUUCAGUAAACUUGAACAGGCUGAAAUUUCUGUUUUGAAGGCCAAUCGCGCUGAGCAGUUUGCUAAAUCACAAGGCAGGGAGGCGGAAGAGGUAUACGCUCAAGUCAUGUCCGAACGGAAGCAAAUGGAUGAUCUCGUGGAGGACCUACAGCGACAGACGCAGGCAUUGGAGGCUCGGAUGGAAGACCAGGCCGCUGAGCUCCAGGGCGCUCUGCAGGCCAAGCAGCGUCUUCAAAAUGAGCUUGAGGAUUACCGAAACCAGCGAGCUAUUGAUCUUGAAGAUAAAGAAACUUCCAUGGAACAGACUCGGCAGAAAUACCAGCGAGAGUUCUCGACCAUAAACGGAGAACUCGAGAUUGAGCGAGAGCGCCUGCUCAAUGUCCGUGGCGAGAACGCCCGCCUCCGUGAAGAGCUGGAAGAUUUACGAAGCAAGUGGGACAAUGAAGUGCUCAACAGUUCUACUUGGUCGAAAGAGAAAUCCCGCAUGGAGUUGGUGGUGCAAGACAUCACUACUUCCCGCGACGAGGCCAGUGCAGCCCACAACGAAGCUCAGGAGAAGAUUGUGUUACUACUAUCGCAAGUGCGAAACCUUCGUGCUUCCAUUGAGGAUACUACCGCAGAACGUGAUCUUCUUCUGAAGGACAAGAAGAUGUUGGAAGGCCGCUUGGCUGAAGCCGGUGAGCGUCUUGAAGACCUUGCCAGGGGCGAAAGUCCCUCUAUGCGCAACGCAGCCAGCAUGGACCGCGAGCUACUGGAGCUCAAGUCCAAACUCGCUCAGCAGGAGGAUCUCUCAUCUGCCGCCGUUGGCAAGAUGCGCCGCGCAGAUGCUUUGGCCACUGAAAUGCAGAAGGAGCUCACUGCCGAGCGUGAAACUAACAGCCAACUCUUCAAAGAAAAGGCUGGCUUGGAGAAGCAGCUGAAGGAGAUUCAAAUUCGAUGCGUUGAUCUUGAAACCAAGAGCUACUCUUCUGGUAGCCAAGAUGUGCGGUUCUUGCACAAGCGAAUCAAGGAGCUGGAGACUCACCUUGAAGAGCAAGAAAACAAGAACAGCGCUGAGCAACGCUCUCUUCGCAACGUCGACCGCACAGUCAAGGAUCUGCAAGCACAGAUUGACAGACGCGAGAAGAUAAAUGGUCAACUGAAUGAGGAGCUUAACAAGGGUCGGGAUAAGAUUGAGCGACUCCUCCGCAACAUCGAUGAGCUUCAGCAAGUCGACACCGAAACACAGAUGCAGGCGCGUCGUGCCGAACGUGAGCUUCGCGAAGAACGAGAGAAGGCAUUACGCCUGGAAAGGGAAUUGGAAGGCUGGAAAGCGCUACGAGUUGAACGGACCAGCACUAUCGGCCGCUUACCCAUGGCUGCAAUGAGCGAUGUCGGUAGCCGACGAGGCAGUGCUGCUUAUGGGUCUAAUGACAUGCCCCAGCGAAAGCCUAGUAAUACUAAGGGAUUCCUGUGA